AUGCAGAAUAUACUAAGUCCAAAACCAGAUGAGAGUGAAGACGUUCAGUCACAAGACCUAACACUCGAAAACAUCGAAACCGCGCUUGCGAACGAUACCAAGGUGAAGCUUGCAGGACUUGACGUCGAUGGUAUCCUCCGUGGCAAGCUUGUUUCCAAGAAGAAGUUCCUCUCCGUAGCUAAAGAUGGCUUCGGUUUCUGCAGUGUUGUCUUUGGCUGGGACAUGCACGAUAUGACCUACUUCCGCGAGCUCAAGAUUAGUAAUGCCGAGAAUGGGUACAGAGAUCUCAUCGCCAAAAUCGAUCUCCAGAGCUACAGGAGGAUACCUUGGGAAUAUAACGUACCGUUCUUCCUCGUCUCCUUCUACGAUCCAGAUACACAAGAGCCGAUAUGCGCCUGUCCACGAAGCUUAUUGAGGAAUGCCGUAGGGAAGCUACAGAAGGCUGGCUAUGGUGCCAUGGCAGGAGCAGAGUUCGAAUUCUAUACAUUCAGAGCACCCAAAGAUCCUUCCUUACAAACAACUGGGCUCACGUCUGCGACGACUAUGCCAUAUCUGCAGAAUAACGACACCCAAUCUCUACCACACCUGACUCAGGGCAUGUUCGGCUACUCACUGAUCGACCCCGUGCACAAUCAAGAUUGGUUCUACAACGUUUUCGAGGCGUGCGAACGAUUUAGAUGCGAUAUUGAGGGAUGGCAUACCGAGUCUGGCCCUGGUGUAUUCGAGGCAGCCCUGCAGUUCGGUGAGAUCACCGAGAUGGCUGACAGAGCGAGCCUGUAUAAGUAUGUGGUCAAGGCGAUUGGUAGUAAGCACGGUAUAACACCUUGUUUCAUGGCGAAGCCGAGGCAAGGUUUACCGGGAAACAGCGGACACAUGCAUUGUUCUAUUGUUGAUAAGUCGGGCAAGAACCUUUUCUACAGAGGUGAGAAAGACCCGAAUCCGCCCUUCAAAGAUGUCGAGUAUCUCUCCGACAUGGGCAGACAGUUUCUCGCAGGCCUACUCGAUGGCCUACCUGACAUAAUGCCAAUUAUUGCGCCGACAGUCAAUUCGUACAAACGCCUAGUCGAGAAUUUCUGGGCUCCAGUCACUGUGUCUUGGGGCUUAGAGCACAGAGCAGCCUCAAUUAGGCUGAUAGCACCUCCUACCGCGUCAGCAAAAGCGGUAAGGUUCGAGAUAAGGACAUGCGGUGCAGAUGCCAACCCAUCUCUAGUACUUGCGGCUAUAGUUGCACUAGGAUGGAGAGGCAUCGAGAAAAAGCUUGAAAUAAAGCUACCUCCACUUGGUAAAGGAGAAGAGGUUGGUGGCUCGGGCGACAAGGGCGAACGGUUGCCGAAGAGUUUGAGGGAAAGCACGGCCAAAUUCAUGGCCAAGCAUAGUGUCGCAAGAGAGGUCUUUGGUGAUGACUUUGUCGAGCAUUAUGGCGGAACGAGGGAACACGAAUUGAGGUUAUGGGAUGAGGCGGUCACAGACUGGGAGAUUAAACGCUACAUCGAGGCUGUGUAA